AUGAGAUUUAGGCCAACUUUUUAUAUUGCUGCCUCGCUUGCUUGCAAUGCAGCCGGGGCCAUAGCCGGCAGUAAACUCUUCUCAGGUGCAACUAUUGUUGCAUGGGAUGAAUCUGAGACCGAACCUCGGAUCGUUCGCGAUGGCUAUCUGUUGAUAAAGGACGACCAUAUUGCAAGCAUCACCACAUCCAAACCAUCUCCCCUGCCCAACAAUACCGAGGUCAUCGAUGCCACCGACCAGAUCAUUAGCCCCGGCUUCAUCGACACGCACCGCCAUGGUUGGCAGACGGCCUUCAAAACACUGGGAUCCAACACUACUCUGGCUCAAUACUUUGGGCGAUACGGAGAAUUUGCAGCUGCACCCCAUUUUAGUGCCGAAGACGUUUACUGGGGCCAGCUUGCAGGACUCCUGGAAGCUCUGAACGCUGGAGUGACAACUUCGCUGGACCAUGCUCAUCACACUUGGUCGAACGAAACAGCUUAUGCAGGCCUCAAUGCCUCGAUUGAAAGUGGUGCUCGCGUGUUUUGGGCGUACACCUUCCAUGACGUUCCGGCUCUGAACUACACAGUCAAGGAUCAAAUUCCCAACUUCGUCGAUAUAGCGGAGAGUGACCUUCUCAAAGAAAGCAAUGUUGAGUUGGGAAUCGCAUAUGAUUCUUUUGGUCCCGAUCCUCCAGAGGAUGCAAAGAAGGUUGCAGAUCUGGCACGAGAGUACAAUGUUUCAGUUGUUACAACUCACUCUCUGGCUGGCCCCUUUGGAGUGUCCAACCUGCCCGAGGACAUUCACUCUUUCGACCUACUAAACACUACCAUACCCGUGGUAUUUUCUCAUGGCAGCUUCAUGACGGCAACUGGUGCCAACCUACUUCGUCAGACCAACCAAUACCUCUCCAUUACUCCCGAAUCUGAGAUGCACUACGGACAUACGCAUCCCCACUCUUACUACAUCCAGGAUCAAGCUGCUCUCGGCGUCGACACCCAUUUUACGUACUCGACCGACAUUUUAACACAGGCCCGAAUCUGGUUGCAAAGCGUCCGUUAUUUCUUCUUCGACAAGGUACUCUCUGGAUGGGAAGUUCCUAAGAACAACCCCAUGAGUGUUGUUCAGGCCUUUUCGCUUGCAACACGAGCCGGAGGUCUCGCACUUCGCCGUCCAGAACUUGGGGUCAUCCGUGAAGGAGCAAAGGCAGAUCUGAUUGUGUGGAACGCAGCUGAGUCGCCCUCUCUUCUGGGAUGGACAGACCCCGUCGCCGCGAUUAUGCUGCACGCUAGCAUUGGCGAUAUCUUGCAUGUCAUGGUUAACGGAGACUUUGUGAAACGGGACGGAAAGCUAACUGUCGCUAACUAUUCCAUGAUCAGGCGGAGCUUUCUUGACAGUGCUGGGCGGAUAAAGAAGAUUUAUCAAGACUUUGAUUACCCAAGCCUUGAUGGAGAAUUUAAUGGUGGAGGAUUCUACUAUGGUUCUUCGAAGGUUGCGGACACUGAGAGAGGUGAAAGCAGCGGGUAUGGGGAGCUGUAUCUGUUAUAA